GAAAAGACGGAGGGACUCUGCUGGAGCCUGUCGCUGGGAACACGUUACUAAAAUCCCCCACAGAAAUGCUCCAACUAGCAUCUGUGUAGUCAGCUGUUACACCAACUCCUGGGCAGUUGGGGGGAUGUGGGAUUCCUAUCUGUGACCCAAAGGCACAUGCUGACCAAUGAUGGGAGAGUUUUACCUGCUGCUACGCCCAUCAGCUCCACUGAGAUGACCCCAGGAAAAGCGAAAUGUGGAUGACAGUGUGAGCCAUUGGAAUUCAACUGUUGGGCCAAGAUAUUCUCCCACUGUGCCAAGACGAAACCUGUUCUAGUUUACACACAAAAAACACACUCACACUCCAUCCCAGUCAGCUGUCGCAAUGCCGAUGCCAGGACCACUGUGGGCGUGCCUGGCUCUGGUAUGGGUGGGAAGCUGCAGUGCCCACAGCCUGUUUACCUGCGAGCCCAUCAAAGUGCAUCGGUGCUCGGAGGUGCCCUACAACAUGACCUUCUUUCCCAACAUGAUGGAGCACUACGACCAAGAUAUCGCAGCCAGUAAUAUGGAGCCGUUCAUGCCCCUGACAAAACUCAACUGUUCUCCAAUCGUCCAUCACUUCUUGUGCCAAGCAUUUAUCCCACCAUGCACCGAGGAGAACACGGUGAUCCGUCCGUGCAGAGAGGAGUGCGAGGCUGUUCUGUCGGGCUGCGAGGAGAAUAUCCGAAUCUUUGGUAUCACCUGGCCUCCUGAGCUACAGUGUGACAAAUUGGACCCAUGUAGCCUUGUUGAUAGGUCGGAACUUCCUGCAACCACCCCAAUGAGCUCCUCACCAGCUAAGAGGGACCUUGGCUUCUGGUGCCCGCUGCAGCUUAAAACCAAACCGGGCCAUGGAUCAUCGUUCCUGGGCGCCCAGGACUGUGCUCCGCCUUGCUCCAACAUGUACUUCAAACCCCACGACAUUGACUUUGCAAAGAACUUCAUCGGCGUGUGCUCCAUCAUCUGCUUGGGCGCAACACUCUUUACCUUCCUCACUUUCCUCAUCGACGUCAAACGUUUUCGCUACCCAGAGCGUCCCAUAAUUUUCUAUGCAGUGUGUUACAGCUUUGUUUCGCUCAUAUACUUCAUCGGUUUCCUGCUGGGGAACAACGCAGCCUGUACCAAAGCAGCUCAUCCCUCUGGUGUGGAUACCGUGGUGCUGGGCUCUCAGAGUAAAGGCUGCACUCUGCUUUUUAUGCUGCUCUAUUUCUUCUCCAUCGCUGGUAUCGUCUGGUGGGUCAUACUCACCAUCACCUGGUUCCUGGCAGCUGGACCCAAGUGGAGCUGUGAGGCCAUAGAAAAAAAAGCAGUGUGGUUCCACUCUGCUGCCUGGGGGAUCCCGGGGGCCCUAACUGUCAUGCUGCUGGCCCUAAACAAGGUCGAAGGGGACAACAUCAGCGGAGUUUGCUUUGUGGGGCUGUACGACCUGGACGCUCUGCGCUACUUUGUCCUGGCUCCUCUGUGUGUGGGCGUCAUAAUCGGCCUCUUCCUCAUCCUGGCGGGCAUCGUUUCUCUCAACCACGUCCGGCAGGUCAUCCAGCACGACGAGCGCAACCAAGAGAAGCUGAAGAAGUUCAUGAUCCGCAUCGGCGUGUUCAGCUGCCUCUACCUGGUCCCGCUGGUCACCCUGUUAGCCUGCUACACCUACGAGCUGAGCCACCGCAACACCUGGGAGAAUACCUGGAUCAACGACCGCUGUCAAGAGUACAGCAUCCCCUGCUCCUACAAGACAACAGAGCACGACCGCCCAGACCUCUCCCUUUUUCUGGUAAAAUACUUAAUGACGUUGGUGGUUGGAAUAUCUGCAGUGUUCUGGGUGAGCAGUAAGAAAACCUGCUCCGAGUGGGCGUACUUCUUCAACAGGACCCGCAAGAGAGAUCCCAUCAGUGAGAGCCGCCGGGUGCUCCAGGAGUCCUGCGAGUUCUUCCUCAAGCACAACAGCCGCGUCCAGCACAAGAAGAAGCACUACAAGCCAAGUUCCCACAAGCUCAAGGUCAUCUCUAAGUCCAUGGGCACGAGCACUGGUGUGGUACCCACUAAUGCCUCCAGCGCUGCCACCACAACCCAUCAAGGAACCUCUGCGCUGGGAAAUCAUGAGCCCCAUGUGCACGGCUCUCUGUCUGAGGCGUCAGCCAGGGAGCACCUGGACAGAGGCACCUCCAGCCGAAGCUCCAGGAGGGGGGAGAGAGAGAGGGAGAGAGAAGUGGGGGAAAGACGUAGCAAAGGGGGGAGCUCCUGUAAGAUCAGCAGCCGAUCAGAGAGCAUGCACAGAGUCCCAGAUGGCAGGAUGACGCCGAGGAGCGAGCUGUCAGACACCAGGCAUGUCCCCAGUGGGCCGCAGCAUCCAGCUUUAAACCUAUCACACAGCAGCAACAUCCAGGACUCCACCCACAAGCUGGUGCACCAGGUGCCUGAGGAGAGCAAGGACACAAAGGACAGCACCUGCUGAGACAUCUGACCUCCCUCCAAAUGUUUCUGAGCAGAUUCAAGGAUGGACAGCAGUCGCACUUGAUACUGUUUGAAGUAUCUUACCCAUUUGUAUCACACAUCAUAUAAGCGUGGACAUCAGAUUAUGAUUGUAUUUUUUUUUUACAUUGUAGUCAGUGAUUGUUCAUUGCAAACAAAAAUGUAACUUACCAAAUCAAAUGUGGUAUGUUUGGACCAGAAUCUGUGGGUUUAAUCAGACAGUUUAAAGGCGGUGGAUCGUUUAGUGUGGGUGAAGACUGUGUCUUUCAGCUUUACUGAACUUUUGGCCAUAUGCUAUGUACCUGAAUGUUGCAGCAGCACAGCUUUGAUCCACCAAUACAGCAGCCAAUGGUCAUUUAAUGUUAUAGCAUGCCUUAGAAACUUUAGGUCUACUGUUUCGUAGAUUGGUAGCUCAGUGGUAUAGAAUGCAUACUAGCAAACAAAUGCAAUAUUUAUGUAAAUAUUUUAUGAAGUCUUUCACUGGACUAGUCACUACACUGAGAGAUAUGUCAAGAGAGGUCAUGAUAUUGCCAAACAUUUAACUUAAACAAAGUCUUCCUGCGGUUAAAAGUUUUUUGAAUGUGGUAUUUUUCCUCCCAGAAAGAUGAUUUGUCUCAAGCCUUAUCUUACAAUACACAGUGUGCUUUUUUUAUUGCGCCUUUGAAAAAAGGCACAUGCAUAAACUUGAUAUAGUUUAUUUUUAGACAAAGAAUUUGUGAUUUUCAAGUUUUUAUUUCAAAAACUUUACUUUCACUCGUUUUGUGUUCUUAUGUUUCCAUUGUACAAACACUUAUUGUGCAGAUGUGUCUUCAAAGAGGUGCCCUGUGAAUUUGGAUAAAGUAUAGCUUUAUAGUUUUUUUACAAUAAUGUGCCUUUCUUUGAGUAGUUCCUGAUCUUCAAAGGACAUCAAAGAAAAUCCAGAUGUUUUGCAUGUGUGGUGUACCUGUGUUCUUGGCCUGGGUGGGAAUUCAUAUGAUUUGAAUCAAAUUGAGGAAAACAAUUAAACAGGUUUUGCACUAUUUGUCAUUAGAAGCACAAACCACUAAUAAUUAAGUAUGAAAAGUCACGACUAAAAAAAGAAUUUGGGCUUAGUUAGGGGAUUAUUUAUAACCUAUGGUCACAGACCAUAUAUUUCUCCUUCAAGUACUUCCAGAACCACUUGCGUGAUUUAUUUGAAAAUCUGUGAUGCUGAAAUGCCUCUUUUGCUGUGUAAGGGAUUGAUUUUUCCCUUGAGGUUUUUGCCUUUUAAUAUUUGUGCGUCACAAGACAAUUCAACAACACUAAUGAAAAGGGAAAUCUUGUCAGUCCAUUUCUGUAUAUUCUCAUUGUGGCAUGUGGAUGGGGGUCUUGCUUACCAUGUACCUAGACUUAGUAUAGUCUAAGAAAUGCUCUACACAGUUUUUGUGAGCCAUUUAAUUAU